GAGGCACCAAUGCUAAUGCUGCAGGCCGAAAAGGCUUUGCAGCAGCCUGUGCGCCCGCAUCUCAUUUCGUAUUGUCCCACUAUGGAUUUGGUCGCUGUCGUUACGCGAGAAGAGCAAUUGGACGUGUACAGGCUCAACGGUCAACGUGCCUUUGGUCUUAAGCAAAAGAGCGUGGGAAGCUCCAUUGACGCCAUACGUUGGAAGUUCAACGGUCAAUACAUUGCUGUAGCAUGGGAUGAUGGCUCCGUGGACAUUGUUUCAUCGGAGACUGGUAAGGCUGUUAAGCAAGUCCGUCGCAGGGUUCUCGGUGCAGAUAGCGCACCCAAUCCUCGAGUUUCCUGCCUUGGCUGGGGUGUCAACUUCAUAGAUGCCGCUGCCGUCAAGGCUCGGACUAGGUCAAAAGACGGUAAAUCGGAUGACGCUGCAUCCGAGCAAAACCCGCUGUUCGGGACAACAGAUCAGUGGGACGAUCGGCAAGACGAGGUUACCCUGGACGACUUCCUCGAGCGGCAGCCGGACCUACACAAGCUAGGCAUCACGCCCGAGCUUCCUGAUCAGCUCGCACUCAUAGAUGUUCAGGAUGUCCUCCCAAAGCUCCCGGCAAUACCCCCACCGCCUGUGGUGGGGAUUACGAUGAUGAACAAAGCGAGCACGUCGGAUGCAUUCAGCUCCCAGCAAUCUAUUGACGCUAUAUUCCAUUCUCAACACCUGCGGGAUCAUAAUGCUGUCGACGUCCUGCUACUUGGCUGUGACAAUGGUACCAUCAACCCGACCAUAUAUGAUUCGCUGGAGAUUGGCGGAAUGCGUGUUCCUUCCGACUGGUCAUUGCCAGACCACAACCCGCUCUUGCAUGCCUCGCAUCCGUACUCUUGCAGCCAUCUCACUUUGAUGGAAAUCAAGAACGACAAGGAACAAACGCCUAGGAUUGCUCUAGUUCCCCUCAUUCUCCGUUUCAUUCCCACCACUGGUAUUUACCUGCAUCUUAUCGCUUCCAAAACUGCUCAGCUACAGAACCUUCUACAAUAUGUCCAGUCAUGUCUACGAUGUAUCAUAGCAUACUUCAACCACGCUCGGGAUUUGCCAUCCAAAUUUAUUCGGAACGUUAAUGAGACGCUAGAGGAAAAGGGCGAGGGUAACCUCGUGCAAAACCUGUACCACCUCGCUGUGACAGGGCACUGCCCGCCUACAAUCAAAGAGUGGUUGACUGACGAGUUGACGGAAAGUGGCCACAAGCGAUGGGACCAUGCCGCUAGCCAAGGCUACGCCAAAGUCGUUGACUUGACGCAUGAGAAUCUACUGCCAGCCCUUGAUCGGUUGAGCAUUGUAGUCAGCAUGCUGCGUGGCCUAGCAACUUACCACAAAUCCAGCUCAAUCAUCAACGUCCCAUCCGAUCAACUGACCGCUAUACUCGACACUAUCCGAUGCCUACGACUACUCGGUCAUAAUGUCAUGAUCUACGGCAAUGAGGAGCGGCGCCAAUAUGAAGUGUUCUCCAAAUGGUUACGCCAUGAGAUUGACGUGCAAUCCUCGGAUUCGUCGUCAAAUGCGCCCGAGGAUGCAGACAGAGAUCCAGGCAUUGAUCAUGCACAGUUGUUGGCUUACAUUCCAGGCGCUAUGACACAAAGCAAACUCAUUCCUUUCUUGAGGCGUCAGACAGACAUUCCUAAUCCGCCAACCGGAUUGCCAGAGUAUCACGAGGUCAAACAGAGCAUGGCACAGCAUAGGAGAAAUGAACCGAUUGAGGAGGGGAGUCUUUGCACGUGGUCCGUUGCUGGAAAACUCCAGGAUCAGUGCCGAAACCUCUUUGCUCAGAUCACGAAAUGGCAAGCUCAAAAUAGCACAAUCGACUGCGGCUUGAUGUUGGAGGAUGGUCAAGUCUCAGCUAAGGAUAUGCGGAUGGUUUAUGAAGAUCAGGAAGAUGGCAACAUAACCACGUAUGUUGCACUAGUUCUGUCGGACUCUAAGAGCGAAGCCCGCCUCCACCGUAUCGAGCACGGAAACGUAUUCUCUCUGGACAGUCUCGAGCCCGGUCAAGUCCAAGCCGCAACCAUUAACUUCGGCGACGGUGAAGUCCAAGACGUACAAUUCAUCGACGACAUAGCGCUCAUGAUCCUCUACCACUCUUCGCAGCUCCUAUUCCUUCCCUACGCUUUCACGCCUACUACCCCAGACCGUCCAGACAUCUGGCCCUCCACCCCCAACAACGCUCCAUCCACAGCGCAAGCCCUGCCCACGGGCACGCCGCCGGCGCCGUCGACCCGCACCGCCUGGGACCUGAGCACGCCGGAGGCCCGCCGCCCGUUCGUGCGCCACGUCUUCCCUGCCGGCGAGCGCUUCACACCACUGCGCAUCGAUGUCAACGGCCGCAAGGAUCGGCGCGUCGUGUGCGUUGUUGGGGACGAUUUGAAGCACUACAAGAUCUAUGAUUUAGACUACGAGAGCGGGAAGGAGGGCGAGGGCGAGGGUGAGGGCGAUACGACGGUCGAUACGAUCAUGAGUGGGUGAGUGGGUGAGCGGGUGCGGGGGGUUGGGCGAAUUGGGGGAGAGUUUGGGUGCUGUGAAAAGGAGAUUUUCGGGUUUGGAAAAGCGGAGCAUGCAUAGCAUAGCGCGGUCUAGCAUAGCAAGGCAUAUUUAGAGGCUCGGAAGGAAUCUAGAAAAGUAAC